CUAUGGUCCGGCUAAUAACACACAACAUUCUCGCAUGCCACGCAAAGGGAUGCACACAGAACAAUUUCCCCUUACAAUUCAAAGAUGCAUCGAUUGAGUUGAAGGAGCAAGAGUUUAACCCUGACUUUCUCAGAAAUUUCUUGUCGAGAUUGGAGUGGAAGGCCUUGGUUGAUACAGCAAGAGAGCUAGGUGACACUUCGCUUCCGUUGGAGAUGCCCGAGAUGAUCGACGAUGAGUUCUUGAAGAACUUACAUCAUGUACUCCUGGAGAUUCAUGUUGAAGAGGGUGCUAUGAUCUGCCCAAAUUGCGGACAUUCAUAUCCUAUUUCGAAUGGCAUCCCCAACAUGCUUCUUGCUGAACAUGAAAUCGGCUAAGUACAACCAACCCAUUCCAUGUUCAAACGCGAGAAGACGUUGAGUAAAGAUCACUGGCCAUCAAGUUUUACUUAGAGCCACUAUGGACGCAACGUUCACAAUUAAUACUUAUGAUGGUCGGAAGAGUCAACUCGAUAGCACAAUGAUUUUGAGUAGGGGUUCCAAAAAGUAUACGAACGUAUGGCAAUAUACGUGAACGUUG